AUGCAGCAGGAGUCCAGAGAAUGUGAAGAGGAGACCCCAUCCCUUUUGUGGGGCUUGGAUCCUGUGUUUUUAGCCUUUGCAAAAUUGUAUGUGAAGGAUAUCCUGAACAUCAAAGAGUCCCAGCAAGCUCCAGGUGUAUUUUUUUACAAUGGACACCCAAUAAAACAAGUGGAUAUUUUGGGGACAGUAGUUGGAGUGAAAGAGAGAGAGUCAUUUUACAGCUAUGGAGUGGAUGACAGUACAGGGGUUAUAAACUGCAUCUGUUGGAAAAGCUCACAAGAUACUAAGCCAUCUCCAGCUAAAGUUUCCUCCAGUAUGGCUGGUGGACAGAGUUUAACCUCACUUCUUAGGAAAUUACAAGAAACCACAGAAAAGAAAACAAAGUUGGAAAUUGGGGAUAUCGUUCGAAUGAGAGGAUAUAUCCGUGUCUAUAGAGAGCAGCGAGAGAUCCAUGCCACCACUUACUAUAAAGUGGAUGAUCCAGUAUGGAAUGUUCAGAUCGCAAGAAUGUUGGAGCUUCCAGAUAUCUAUAGAAAAGUUUAUGACCAGCCUUUCCCAAAGGAUAUAGUAGUAAAAGGAAAGACAGUAAGCAAUCCAGGUACCCUGGACCCUUCUAGUCAAACAAAUUUGCUGAGUGAAAAAAUCCAAGACUUCCUUGUUGAGAACAAAGUGCAAACCUUUUACCAACAAGAGCUGGAAGCUGUGGAGUCUUUGAUGGCUCUGGUCACUCAGCCUGUUGUUGACAAUUCCUGCUCUGAACAGGUGAAUUUAGAAAGUGGUCCAACUUCCAAAGCAAUUCACAACAUAUUUAAGGAAGCUAUACGAAUACUGUGGAAAAAGGGAAUCGUCUUCCAGAAAACGGAUGACCUGUAUUGUGUGACCAGUCAAGAUAAGGAACUGCACAAAAAAAUCCUCAGAAUCAUUCAGGAUGAUUGCCAGAAACCAAAGCAUUCUGAGAAGGGCUGCCAUUUCCUUCACGUCUUGGCUUGUGCCCGCCUGCACCAUGACCCCAACAUGAGUGAGGCAGUGCUGCAGCAGGUUUUGGAUCUCCUGGAGGACAAGAGUGAAAUAGUCAGCACAAUGGAACGAUACUACACAGCAUUCUGAGCGGAAGGAAGGAAUUCAUUCUGAAGCAAGAUAGCCCCUUAGACGAGGGGAAGGUGAUAACAAUUGCCCCAGUAAGAAAUCUGCUUUUGGAAGAUAUCAUCUUAAGGCAGAGAAAUGGUAUUCCCUUAUCACAUUUAAAAACAUUUAAAUGCCUACAACUUUGAGAAAAAGUCACUUUAUAAUAAAAUACAAAAGCAAUUACUGUAGGGAAAAUACAGUUUGAUCCUAG